GCAGGAAGACUUGAGACACAGCGUCGUGCUUGUAAUCGGAGGCGGAGCAGACGCUUCUCCAUUACUGCUCUCCAGGAAGCACCUUCAAUUGGCAGCUUCAAGAUUGAGGUCACCUUGAAUUCCCUGGUCCGUUAUAGAAUUCCUCUAGACUAUAAGAAGCAACAUUGUUGACAUCAAUGGCGUAUAGCGGUGCAGCCAUGGGCUCACUUCCUGCGGGUGCCUCUGCAUCGUCAUCAACAAUCAAGCAAGUAAAAUUGGACAAAGAAAGCGAGCUCAGAAUCGAAGUGGGUAACGACAUACCUCUUCGGCUUCGACUCCUGAACGGCAAUGCCGAGAUUUUUGGGACAGAGCUUCCACCCGAAAUCUGGCUCACUUUUCCUCCCAGGCUUAAGUUUGCUGUAUUUUCUUGGUAUGGAGCUACAAUUGAGAUGGAUGGUACUACUGAAACUGAUUAUGUUGCAGAUGAGACCCCAAUGAUUAGUUAUGUCAAUGUACAUGCUGUACUUGAUGGACGAAGGAAUCGUGCUAAAGCUUCAUCAAAUGAUUCUGAAUCUUCUCAGGGACCUAGGGUGAUUGUUGUAGGACCUACUGAUUCUGGGAAAAGUACCUUGUCAAGGAUGCUUCUUAGUUGGGCAGCUAAACAAGGCUGGAAGCCUACCUUUGUUGACUUGGAUAUUGGCCAAGGGUCUAUAACAAUUCCUGGAUGUAUUGCUGCUACUCCUAUUGAAAUGCCCAUUGAUCCGGUGGAAGGAAUUCCUCUUGAAAUACCUCUUGUAUACUUUUUUGGGCACACAACCCCAAGUAACAAUGUAGAACUGUAUAAAGUGCUUGUGAAGGAGCUUGCUGGGAUGCUGGAUAGACAAUUUGCUGGAAAUUCUGAGUCUCGAGCUUCUGGCAUGGUGAUAAAUACCAUGGGAUGGAUUGAGGGAGUAGGCUAUGAUUUGCUCUUGCAUGCAAUUCGCACUUUCAAGGCCAAUGUUGUGUUGGUUUUGGGUCAGGAAAAACUUUGGAGCAUGCUAAAGAAAGAGGUAUCCAAGAGUGAACCCACUGUGGAUGUUGUGAAACUUCAAAAGUCUGGUGGAGUUGUAAAUAGGAAUGCAAAAUACCGUCAGAGGGCCAGAAGUUAUAGGAUAAGAGAAUACUUUUAUGGCCUCACAAAUGAUCUCUCUCCUCACUCCAAUAUUGCAAAUUUUAGCGACUUGUUUGUCUAUCGAAUUGGUGGUGGGCCGCAGGCCCCACGUUCAGCAUUGCCAAUUGGUGCAGAACCUGCUGCAGACCCUACCAGAAUUGUUGCUGUGAAUAUAAACGGUGAUUUGCUCCACUCAGUCCUUGCUGUCUCUUUUGCCAAGGAUCCUGAAGAGAUAAUUUCAAGCAAUGUUGCUGGCUUUAUUUAUGUGACAGACGUUGACAUUCAGAGAAAGAAAAUAACGUAUUUGGCACCUUCUGCUGGAGAACUUCCUGGCAAAUAUUUGAUACUGGGAUCCUUGACAUGGCUUGAAACAUGAUCAAAUGAGCACAUAAUAUCAGGGCUCCUACUACAGUUUAGCCUGACAUGAGAGAAUAUUACAUCAUCAGAUCAUGUGUGCUGUGUAUUAGCAGUUCCAAUCAGUUCAGUGGGUUCAAAAAUGUAAUGUUUUUUUUUUUUUUUUUAAGGCCGGUUUGUCCUAAUAUGGGACUUAUCUUUUCUUCUUUGUCCUUUCUUUCUUUUAACCUUCAGUCCAAAUCACAGUUCGUGCAGCAAAUUCCAUUUUUGUCAGUUUAAUUGGUUUAAUAUAAUUAACCAAGGGUGGAGUGGAAGCUCACACAUUGAAAUUUAGAAAA